CGAUGCACAGCCUUGAAACCCAGUCGCCGACAAGCUUCGGUCCCAGAAGGGAGCUGCUGUCCGAACAGGAAACUGCAUCUUCAGACUCCUGCCCAGCCACGAGAGGACCAGGGGGUUGCACCGAGCGCUCGAGGACUCUUCCCCGGAUCACGCCAGCCCCACGCUUCCCGGACCCUCCGGGCUGCUCCCCUCCAGGGGCUCCCCCAGGAGGACGAGCAUGGUGAUUUUCCUUCGGAGUCCCCUGGUUCAGGACGUCUGAGAAGAUGCUAGCCUUGCAGUUGCUCACUUGCUUCCUGCAGCUCCUGGCUGGGCUGGCACUGCCUACUGUGCCCCCCAAGCCACGCGCCCUGUCUACUGGGAACAGUUCGUCAGAGGUGGAAGUGGUGCCCUUCCAGGAAGUAUGGGGCCGCAGCUACUGCCGGACGCUGGAGAAGCUGGUGGACAUUGUGACAGAGUACCCCAGCGAGGUGCAGUACAUGUUCAGCCCAUCCUGCGUCUCCCUGAACCGCUGCACUGGCUGCUGUGGUGACGAGCGCCUCCAGUGCAUGCCGGUGCAGACAGCUAACAUCACCAUGCAGAUCCUGAAGAUCACCCCAGGGGUCCGCCCCUUCUACGUGCAGCUGACUUUCUUGCAGCACACACUCUGCGAGUGCAGCUGGUUUGGCCUAGGGAGCUGGUCCCAGUAUAGCUGCCAAGAUGCCCCAGGUGAAGAGGGAGCCUGGGUCCUUUCCAGACUUACAGCGGCCCAGUGCACAUUGUCGCUGUCCUCUGAGAUCGGAGGGAGCUGCACAGGCACCCAGAAGAGGCUCUGGAAGCAAAGACACAGCAAGCCUGGACUUGGUUCUGGCCUAGGCUGCAUGCCCACUGGAGGGGGGAAGCUGGGCUGAGAAGCAGAAGCAAGGACAGGUCCUGGUAGGAGGGGAGGGACCAAAGAAAGGAGGCAGGCACUUGGUUUCUUUAAAGUUGCAGCCCCUGCCCUUCCCUAACCCAGAGGCUCUGGUCAGCAUCAGCCCUGCUGCCUGUGCCCCAGGCUCAGGCCUGGCUCUGCUAUACAGAAUCAAGGAGAGUGAAAGGCACCGAGAUGCUGUUCUUGGUACCACUGGCCCACGGACAACAGCACCAAACUCCUCAAGGUCUGCAAGCCCCAGCCCCAGCUCAUGGGCCAUUCAAAAGUGUUUUCUAUUUAUUUACGUGUUUAUUGGGUGCCCAGUAUAUGCCAGGGACUGGCCCAUUGGGCUACAGUGGUGAGCAAGACAGACAUGCUCCCAUGUCUGCUCCCAUGGCCACCCUAUCCCCAUGGCAUAGAUGAAGAAACUCAGGCUCAAUACAGCUAGAGAUUUGUCCCAGCUAGUGGGUGUGGAGGAGGAGUCUGGAUCUGGACUGCAGCUUGACUCCUAAGUCCGCCCUGGUCAUGCUGCCUCUCUUGGCCCUCACUACGUACUGGCAUUGCCCCAGUACCGCCAAGGCUUGGCAGUCCCUACUAGCCAGGGAUCUGACUGCCCGCUUUGAACCAGACCCCAGGCUCUGGGGGCUGUGCCUCAACCUGUUACCUCCUAGCCAGCAUGGAAGCAGGUAAUAGCAGCUCAGUUGGGACUUCUCCUGGGCACAGGGCUGGGCGGUGACCUCAUCUUUUGCAUCACCUGCUCUCACAGACACUUUGGGCACUAAGAAGAUGAGAAGGGUGAGGUUCCAAGAGUGUUUCUGGCCUGCCUAAUAGGGAGACUUGUGACCAGGCAUUCCCAAGGAAGAAGCCAGCCCAGAGCAGCUUUCCCUCACUGGCUCCACAGCUGCCUGUCACUACCCACUCUUCCCACGGAAGACCAAGGCCCUGUCCCCUUCCAGUGUGCCAAGCGAUGGGGACACUUUUCUUUUCACUUCUGGGCCACCAGCCACCGCCCCAGGGGGUAGAACUGGGACAUGCCUGGUGACCAUGUAGCUUGUGCUCGCCUCCCUUUACUGACCCACCCAUUCCUCUGCUGUUGCCAGGGCAGGAUGGGGAUUGUACCCUGGCAGGCAGCCUUAGCUAGCAGCAACUAACACCCCAUCCCUGGCCUUGCCCAUCACUACUGUCCUGGAGGAAACUCCCAGAAUGCAUCCUGGCAGGAAGGGUAAAAAGUAAACAGAGAAAACAAACCAAAGGAAGGCUCAGAAGGCCCCAGAUCUGAUGCCAAGAAGCUGAGGUUCAGAGAGGCCUGUGAGGAGGAGCCCCAGAGCCUAGAGGGGCAAUUCCAGCCCAGAGGCCUCUGACUUGCUCUCUUGUCAGCGCCAUGCUGCCCCCUUGUGGUCGCAUUUCAACUGCAAGACCAGCGCUUGGGAAGUUUGAGGGAAGGUACAAGGGUGGCAGGAAGCCCCCACUUACUGAUCUCUUGAUUUCCUCUGCUCCUCUCUCUGCU